AUGGUCAAGCUGAGGGUCGUAGCCAGAAUCAUCUCAGAAGAUGAUUACUUGGCCGACCUCCCCCAGACGUCUCAAAAAACUCCCAGAAACGAAAAGCGGUUACUGGUCACCGUCCGAGAUCCGUACACAUGGCAAAUUGGCACUCUUGCUCGCGAGAUCGAGAGAGCCUACAAGAGCACUUAUCAACGUGAUCUCCCUCCGAUCAAGUACUUGAAGGACGUCGAAGAUGAUUGCGACCUUGACCUGUACUCUUCUGUCGCAGACCUACUUCUCGACGAGGGCAAAGCUAAAAAAGAUGGCAAUGACCAACGAGUCACGAUAAAAGUCAUAUUGGAACAAGGAAGAGCAGUUCGUGAAGGAUCCGUUGCAGUUGGCAAUUUGUUGGCGGACCCGCACUUUCACUUUCAACACCAAAAGUCUUUACGGCCACCGGUCCCCAAAUUUCCCGAUGUCCUUUCUUCACUUGGGAAGCGGCCACAUCCCCGAGAGGAUUCUAUUCCCACCAUUGCAAAGAGAUCGAAACAGCUGGAAGAACUCCAAACACUACGAGAAGAGAGCCUGAUAUCAUCGAUCGAGCGGGAUACCCAUGCGACAUCAGUCGAUGUUAUUGAAGCCACACAGCCCUCUUCGCGACAAAAUGGCACUGAUUGGCAAGUUUCUGACCACAAUGUCAAGGCUGAAUCGCCCGAGUAUUGGAAAUCAUGGCAGGACAUGCCGGAUGCAAGUGUCGAUGAGCUCGAGCAAUUGCAGCAAGAACCAACAGGCUUCAUACCUCGCCACCGAGCUGGUAAACAGGUAAACAAACCUCAAAUCAAUCCAGAGCUUCAGGGUCUCGAUCCUCAACCUGUCCAGCUCCCUUCUCACGAACGCCUCCAGCAUUCUCAUGCACCCAUCACUCCACCGAUGGAGCCUUCUCGCCGCCCUUCGAGCUCUUCUAGACCUUCGGUUUCAGCCAGGAAGAACCCAAACCCGUCGCCUUGGGGACGGUCGUCUAAAUCGGCGAGAAGAUUUAAGAACCCGUCAAGGAGGGAUGUCUACGACUACCCAGAGUCUGAGAUUGAUGACUCGCAGAUGUCACCCAGAUCGAGAAUGGCAACUCUCCGCCAGCAAAAGUCCAGUGACCGUCUCUCGCGCAUCGAGAAUCAGAAAUCACCGGAGCUUGGAGACGAUGCAGCAGAACGCUUAAGCAUCUCUCAAGCGAUGAACCUCCUGGAUAACAAUUCUGGCUUCGACGAUAGUGCAGCUCCAGAAGACUCAAUAUACCCCACAAGCUCACUGCUCAAUGGCAACGAGCUUGCUACUCGUGAUCGCGCGAACGACUUAAUUCAUGAGGACACGGAUCAGAAUAUCGAGCCAAGAGAUAUGAGGGACGAUAACCAUGAGGAUGCUAAUGAUGCGGAUCUCUCUGAUGCUGCACAAGAUGACUAUGAAAAGGAGAACAUGCCUGUUCAGCGACCCGUAGUCAAGACUCCGAAGAAACCGUUAAUUGGCCAGCAUACAACGCCACGAUCGGCACUGGAGUCCGAUGUCAACUCAACCUCUGCGAAUACAGCCUCGGCCAAAAAGAGAAAUCGUGCUAAGAGGCAGACACCAAAUGGUGUAAACAAUGAUGGAAAAGCGUCUGCAAAGGUCGACCACGAAGGACUGGACACUCCAGAUCUUGGAGAGACCAAUGAAUCCGUCCGCCGCAACUCCGGAAAUGAGAGAGACACACCCACUCUAGACAGUCCAGGUGAACAGCUCUCACAAUCCUUGCAAGAAUCGACUCGCAAGUUGUCAUCUAUGCAUGCUUUAAAAGACAAACUUGAGGCUAGCGGACAAUUAUCAUCUUCGCCCUUGGCCAAUGUCAUCAAGAGCGAUGACGACGAUGAAAUUAAAUCCAAGAAGAGUGAAAAAUUGGCCAAAAAAGCCGCAAAAACCAAAGUGAACGGAAGUGCAGCAUCUUCGAAAUCGUCGAAGCGACCGCGGAAGAGCAGAAACAGCGACAUCAACGCCGGCCCUCCCUCGGUCAGUGUUGAAAUAGUCGAGCAAACAGCAGUUCCAUCAAGCCCCGUCUCCAAACCUCUGCCCAAUUGGGGAUCCGAAUCAACAACGGUCGAGAAACCUCAGCGUUCUGUUCCAAAUCAGACACACUCCUUGACUGUGGACAACAACAGCAAUUCCAGAAAGAGUCCAUCCGUGGCUACAGGUCUGACCUUGGAGGAAAUCAAAAUCAUGGAGAGUCGGCAAAAUUGGACCCAAGAGCAAUUUGCAGAGAACAAGAAGAAGCAACAACUGGAAGCGAAGCACUAUGCAGCAGAACAAAAGAAGAAAGAAGCCAAUUUGAGGAGAGAAAGCUCGGGGAAGCAGUCAGCCCCAAAGCCAAAGCUAACUUUACUGCCCGCAACCGAGCCGCCGCCUGCCACUGUUCCGUCGCGUAAAGCCAGUGCUAUCAGAAGGAGUCUUUCGACGGAUGAGGAGGUUGGGUCGGCGAAGACAAAGAAAGGUUUGGAUGAAAGCGCUUCAGUCGAUGCAAAAUCAACCGCUUCAACUAAAAAGUCUGCUUCAGCAAAGAAAGACGAAGUGAAGGCUUCCGCGAAACCUCCCAUCGAGACCCUCUUUAAGACUCCUUCCAAAACGUCUACCAAGACUACAUCGGUGAAGUCGGUCCCGAAGGACGCCGCAAAGACUCCUGGCAUCUCGAAAACGGAUAGCAAAAGUCUGAGUGCUUCAAAUCAGAAGAAAUCAGCAGCAAAAUCAGAGCCUACGCCCAACACCGCCACGAGUCCCUCCUCCAAAACUAAGGUAACAAAAGCUCCCGUUACAACAAUCCGGGGUGCAAAAAGUCUCAAAGACCUUCGUCAAGUGAUGAAGAGCGCACAAGAGCCCCGAAUUCCGGUGACAGCAACAACUUCUCGGGCCUCCUCAAUCUUACCUUCUCAUAAGCGUUCCGCCCUCAACUCCGCCAGUGACGAUGAUAGUGACGAAUCAGAAAGCAGUAGUGGUGAUGAAAGCGAGGAUGCAAAUGUACGAGAUAAAGAAGCUAUGCAGCAGCAAUCAGUGCAGAAAAAGGCUAUCGGCGCUGCAGAGAAAGGCCAAGGCUCUCGAAUCAAGACUCCAGCACAGGGGAAACAGGCAAAAGCUACUAUCAACGCAAAAUCAGAAGUGAAAACAUCAUCAUCCGGGUCAAGCGAGGACACUGAUGAAGAUGAAUAUGAACGCAGGCAGACGCAAGUAGCUCGGAGCAGAAAAGCUGCAGACGCCGUCGCUCGAGCAAGAUCUAGUUCAUCUCGUCCUAUCGCAUCUUCACUGACUGGCAUCGCUCGCCCUGACCCAAGUAUUCGCGACGCGAGCGUCGACCCGUCGUCUUCCAACGAUGAUGACGAAGAGCUUUAG